AUGUAUUUUCUCAUCUACUGUUGUGUCUGGUGUUCUGUGCUCCAUCCUCCCGUCCUGUUGUCCUCCUCCCGUCCUGUUGUCCUCCUCCCGUCCUGUUGUCCUCCUCCCGUCCUGUUGUCCUCCUCCCGUCCUGUUGUCCUCCUCCCGUCCUGUUGUCCUCCUCCCGUCCUGUUGUCCUCCUCCCGUCCUCUCGUCCUCCUCCCGUCCUCUCGUCCUCCUCCCGUCCUCUCGUCCUCCUCCCGUCCUCUCGUCCUCCUCCCGUCCUCUCGUCUCCUCCGUCCUCUCGUCCUCCUCGUCCUCCUCCCGUCCUCUCGUCCUCCUCCCGUCCUCUCGUCUCCUCCCGUCCUCUCGUCCUCCUCCCGUCCUCUCGUCCUCCUCGUCCUCUCGUCCUCCUCCGUCCUUCGUCCUCACUCGUCCAGUCCUCUCGUCCUCCUCCGUCCCUCGUCCUCCUCCCGUCCUGAUCGUCACGCUCCCGUCCUCUCCCCUCCUUCCUCGCGUCCUCCCGUUUCCUCCUCGUCUCGUCCAGCACUCUCGUCCUCCUCCCUUUCGCUCUCGUCCUCCCCCUUUCCCCUUCUCUCAUUCUCCAUUCUCCUGUCUUUCCCCAUUCUUCUAUUUUCCUCUUCUGUUUUCCUGUUCUCUGUUCUCCUAUUCUCCUAUUUUCCCUAUUUUCUCUGUUUUCCCAUUUCUCUCAUUCUCCUAUUCUCCUUUCCCAUUUCCCAUUUCUCAAUUGUCUUUUCUUAA